CUCCAAAAGUCAUCUAACUAUCACAUGCCACUUGUUAUCACCUGUCUUAAAAUGCAUAUCAGAACUUUUCGAGGACUUUUCCUCAACAACUUGGCCAAGUGGCGUUUUCUCAAAGGAGAAAAACAAGGGAAAAGAUGCGCGGCCCACUUCAAUUAUCAAGCGGACGACUCAAGACCCGUAGAAGGAGAGACGACCAAGCUGACCAUGUACCAGGCCAUCACAGAUGCGAUGGACAUCUGCAUGAAAGAAGAUCCAACAGCAUUAAUUUUUGGUGAAGAUGUCGCAUUCGGCGGUGUAUUCAGGUGUUCAGUUGGCCUUCAAGAGAAAUAUGGCAAAGAUCGCGUGUUUAACACACCGCUGUGCGAACAAGGGAUCGCCGGUUUUGCCAUAGGAGUAGCUGCAGUUGGUUCGACGGCUAUUGCUGAAAUACAGUUUGCAGAUUACAUUUUCCCCGCAUUUGACCAAAUCGUUAAUGAAGCAGCAAAGUUCAGAUAUAGGAGCGGUGGUGAAUUUUCCUGCGGCAAGUUGACCAUUAGGGCACCAUGCAGUGCUGUUGGACAUGGAGGUCUCUAUCACUCACAAAGCCCUGAGGCUUAUUUCGCCCACACUCCUGGACUAAAGGUGGUUAUUCCUCGAGGAUCGGUAAAAGCAAAAGGCCUUCUCAUAUCUUGCAUCGAAGAUGAUGACCCUUGCCUGUUUCUAGAACCAAAAGUUCUAUAUAGAGGAGCUGUAGAAGAAGUACCGGUAGCCAAAUAUAAAUUACCUAUUGGAAAAGCUGAAAUCGUUAUACCUGGUGAUCAGGUUACAUUAAUUGGCUGGGGUACGCAAGUUCAUGUAUUGUGUGAAGUAGCAAUGAUGGCUAAAGAGAAACAUAAUAUAUCUUGCGAAGUGAUUGAUUUAUAUUCAAUUGUACCUUGGGACAGGGAAACAGUUUUUAAUUCUGCUAAGAAAACUGGAAGGACAAUAAUUGCACACGAAGCGCCUUACACCGGUGGUUUCGGUGCUGAACUUGCCGCCUCAAUUCAGAACGCUUGCUUCCUCUAUCUCGAAGCUCCCGUAGGCCGGGUGGCAGGAUUUGACACCCCGUUUCCGCACAUUUUCGAACCGUUUUACAUUCCCGACAAAUGGAGAUGUCUUCAAGCCGUAUUAGACAUAGUCAACUACUGAAUCGUGCCAUAAUGAAACAAACGUUUGUGCUAAAAAUGUUAUAAAUUUAAAAAAUUAUAUCAAUUGUUCAAUAGAAUUAUUUUUUUAAACAUUAAAUUUUAUUAAAGUUUAAUUAAA